GGGCUCACAGUAAACGCAAGACGAUCUGCUGACGGUAUGAACUUUGAUGGCCACCGUCAACCCCUCAAGCCCCGCAAUUCAUAAAAACAACUUACGCAAUUCAGCCUUGUUUAUUGACUUUCUAAUCAGUUACACUCGCACCUGAUUUGCGUAAAAUAUAUAUCUUGUCUGGAGGAGAUGAAGUUUACAAUGUUUCACUUUUCCAGGAAGGAAGAAACUUCGUGAAGUCUCUAGGAAUAAUGAACUAUUGGACAGAAUACAAACUCAACAUUUUUUUUUUUAAAUUAAAUUCUGUUCUUGGCAGAGAGGUGCACACGACAACCCAGUCGUGCUAAAGAAAAAGAACCGUACACUGCAUUACAAUAUCAUCGUGCGGUGUACUGCAUUUUUCGAAAUAAAAAAAACCAAAAAAACACAACGCGCUAUAGCCUUGUGUAGAAAGUAAAAGGGAUAAUGUUAAAUCCAGUUCUUCGCUUUGUGUUCGAUGCCGUGGAUCAGUUUUCCCAAGGUUCGUAUUUUUCUGAUUUUGUCCAACAUCGUCCUCAUUUUUUAGCCCUGGUCUCUGUUCUGCUGGGGGGUGUGGUUUUCUUUGUUAUUGUUUUACUCAAGAAAAGAGGCCAGCGUGGUACCGCGCCCACCUUUCCCGUUGAUUACAGCACAGACCUUUCAAUUGAAGAAGUGGUACAGAACAAAUACGUUGCCGGAAUUAACGGAAAGAAAAGGAGACACCAGGAUGAACUGACAAAGAAAAAAAGAAAAGAAAAGGGGAAGGAAUCAGUGAAUGGACAGCCCCCCAUUGCUCCAGAAACCAGAGCAUCAAGGGAGGACAGCAUACAGAGCACCACUGUUGUUGACAAGAAGCAAGUGAAGCUCAAGAAAAAGAAGAAAAAGACAGAGAUUGUGGUAGAGAGGCUUUCAAAGGGAGUCACGUCUGACAAAGAGGAGAGUGAUGAAGAAGAGGCAGGUAUGUGGGUUACAAAAAUCAGCAGUCGAGAGAAGAGACAGCUGAAGAAGGAGCGCAUGAAACAGAAGGACACUGCAAAAGCUGUAGCCCCUGAGGCCCUAGCUUGCGACACAGCGAUCCUGUGGGAUGAUGGCGUUGAUAAAGAAACUGACUGGCAGGCCUCACCUCAGAAUGCGCACCCUGACACUGGGGUUUGGGGGGAGGCUGAUAGCAAAGUACAAGGCUGCGUAUGGAAGGAGCUGAAGCCCCGGGACGCUGUGCAGACAAGCCGGAGACCAGUGGAAUGGGCGCCACCAGGAAAGCCAGAAGAGGAUAUCUUUUCCCAUGUAGGAACUUGGAAUGUGAAAGGUGCGAAGACAGAGCCUGUCACUUUUGGGACUCUGCCUGACUUUUCCUCUGAAUUAGAUAGUCCAGACAGUAUCUCAUCACAACAAACAAGGUCCGUCCCACUGCCUGUGGAGUACUAAGCUACCCAACUUCGGAGUGGAUGAAGCUUGGCUUGGAUUAGUGGAUCCUUUUGUCGUCGACCAAAACUCAGAUUGGAGCCCUCCUGCUGAGGAGUGGGGUAACUGGACAGGAGAGUCCAUCUCACUGACACAACCGCAGACAGCUAACGAGAAGCAGCAGGGACAGGGGUCUGGAAGAAGAGCAGGGCAAGAGAACCUGAAGGGAGUUGUUUCAGUGAACCCGUCUCAGUGGGCAGCAGGAGGUUCUCCAGGAAACACACACAUGGAGUACAAGAGCUUAGCUGGAUCCGUGUCUACUGACAGUCAAAACACCAAGAAGGAAAGAAAGAAGAAAAAGAAAAUAAAGAAAGAAACCUGACAUCUCUUUCCGGCAAAGCGCAAGGGAUCUAUAUCGCAUUGUGUGGUUGCUAAAUUAGCUGCAAUGGCUCUGCUUUAGGAAGUGCUGCACUAAGCCCAAUCAAACAUCCAGAACGCCAGAAAACACUUGAAAGUGAGAGAGUGUAAGGAGGUAAAGAAGAUCAGACUGGCGCUUCUAGGUGUACAGAUAAAACUGCUCAGAGCUUAUUAACUCAAGAGAUUCAAGUGGGAUUUUCUUUCCUAAUAAAUCGGUUCAAAGGGAACAGUAGUGUCCUCCUGUAUUGUAGGAGACACCAUGUUUGUCAUGACAGUAAAACUCUUGUGUUUCUAUUUAAGUGGAGAGACUGUAAAUGACCAGAUAGAUUUGUCCCAUUUAUCACAGUGAGAAAUGUGUUAAAAGCGAAGCCAUACAUUUCAGAAUAUUCGUUUUCUUGUCAUUUUGUAUGGCGGCAUAUUGCUUUGUUUCAAUUAAUAGCUUGUUUGUUUCUUUGGUUGAUUUUUUAUCAUCCGUGUCUUUGUUUUUUUUUAAGAUAUGCAUGACAGAGAUGGGAAACAGUAAAACAGUAUGCCUGUUAUUUCCUGGAAAAAAUGGUGUAAUAGUGUAAUAGUGUAAAAAUCUUUGUAUUUUAUGGGGGGUUCUACACUUAACAUUUUUGAUAUUCAGCCCUAUUAAACCAGUUUAAAGAUUACCUUUUGUUUAAAUACAUACCGCAGCUUUUUAUUUCUGUUGAGAUCUCUUAGUUUCCUAAGAUUGCAUUUCAGUGUGAUGUAUGGAAAAUAAAUUAGGUGAAUCCCUCACAAUUAACUUGUCACUGCUCUUGUGUAAUUUCUAUACUGAGAGUAACUUUUGUUAAAUUGUUUGGGGGGGGUGGAGUCACUACCCUUCACAUUUUUAAAUAAACAAAAACAGUUGCUAUGUGAUCAUGCUACUACUGCAGUAUGGAAGCCCAUUUCUACCAAAAAAAGCUGUCUCAGAAUUCUGACUUAGUAAGUCAGUAUUCUGAGAUACUCAGAAUACUGAGAUAGCUUUUAAUUUUUUUGUGGUGGAAAAUUAGCUUCCAAUGUACCAGUAAUACCUUCAGUUUGUUUUCAAACACACGCUCCCUUAAGAAAACAUACGAAACAAAUUUUGGUUAAUUUUGGUUUGCUCAGUUGUUUAGGAAACUAGGAGAAAUGAAUACAGGAAUAAAAAAGCAAUGUUGUGUUAUAAAAAAAGUGUAUCUAUAAAAUUGUCUGUAUACAAAAGCAUUGUUGAUAACUUUUUAAAAAGAAAUACUACAUAAAACUAAAUACAUUCAAUGUGAAGCAUUUUGACAAAGUCUUUUUAAGUGUUGUCUUUUUCUAAUUGAAGCCAUUCAAAAAAAAAUCUUGUUGAAACGUUUGCCAUUAAAAGUUUUAAAAGUUUUAAAAGUUUUUAAAAGUAGUUGAGGAGAGGAAUCUGGGGGUCCUGGUGUCUGAAACUGAGCCAGAAUUUUGUCAAUGACUAUUGCUUUUGCUCAGUGCAAUAUUGUGUACUGCAAAUGCAAAAAAAAGAUCACCGUUUUGUAAUUUUCUUACUUUGCUCUAUAUUUGAGUAAGAAAAAAAAAAAAGAAAAAAAAAUACUUGUAAUACUAACUUCAGAAAACAAAGGACAUGUUCCAGAAUUUUGUUUAUAUGUUGUACUAUUUGUUAUACUGCUAUUGCAUGUUUUUCUAUUUGGUACAAUUGUAUACUUUUGUUCAUACGCUUUGUAUUUAAUUAGCUUAUUGGAGUACAUUUUACAUUAAAAGCAUUCAGCUAUU